CGACGUCAAGGCGCAGGCGCUUUUCUCACAUACCCUAUCAUGCCAUGCGCCCUCCAUAAAACUUGGCUCUGCAGUUAGGCGGAGGUGAGGGACUUGACCAUUCUCUCAUCAACUGAGAUUCUCCUACUCACCGUCUCUCACGGAACUUUUCCAAUAUACAUUGUCUACAAGAUAAAAUGCCUGCUGUGCCAGAUUGGGUGUUACCAACCUUGCUGCCACAUGCUGGUGGAAUUGCUGGGGCUCUCAUUACACGUCCACAAAUUGACACAUGGUAUGCGUCUCUCAAAAAGCCAUCAUGGAGACCUCCUAAUUAUUACUUUGGUCCAGUGUGGACAAGUUUAUACACUGGGAUGGGAUACGCAUCAUACCUUGCAUGGAGAGAUGGGGGAGGCUUUGAAGGAGAUGCCAAGAUUCCCCUGAUGCUGUAUGCAUCCCAACUGACACUGAACUGGGCAUGGACACCCAUCUUCUUUGGAGCCCAUAAGCUAGGGUUGGCAUUUGGGGAGCUGGCACUUCUCACAGUCAAUGUGGGAGCCUGCACAUUUGCAUUCUGGAAGAUAAAUCAGCAUGCUGGGCUCCUCAUGUUGCCAUAUCUGGCAUGGGUUUCUUUUGCCUCUUUCCUAGCCUAUCGCAUCUGGAAGGAUAAUGCUGUUGAGGAUAAAAAAGAGAGCAAGAAGAAAUCAUAAAAAAGAGAAUUCUCUUUACUCUCUUGCAUAUAAUCACAUAGCAAAUCGAGUUCCCUCCUGAAUGCCUGCAGUCCUUGUUUAGAGCCCAAGCUCUAAUGCUUUCUUGCUUUUUUUGUGAUGCAUAAAAUAAAAUAAAAUUUCCAAUAUGCUUCACAGGGUUUCUUUUGUAUGAUACACUUUUGAAUUAAAAAAACCUGUAGAUUUCAUCAAGAGACAGGACUAAAGGCCAGAAUUAUGUCUAACAUCAGGGGCUGAGAGAGAAGAAGAGAAGGCUGUUUCUCAUAAUAUGUAAUGUUUAUUCUUAAAGUUCUUCCUGUGCUUGUGAUUGAAUAUAUUGGCAGCACUUCUCCAUCAUGCCCUGAGAUCUUCUGGUACAAUUUGCUAUUGAGGAAACUGCAUACCAAAGGAUAUUAUUGUUUAUACUUUGUCGACAUUUUUGCAGUGAAAGUUUGCAUAGCUUUUCUCUUGUGAUUCUCAGGAGUCGUUGCUGGUGAUUGUCACUGUUUAAUAAAGAUUUUUAGUCACCUUUUGCAAGGUC